AUGCUCGUGCUGCUCUUUGCUACCGGAUUUUCCAAAGUGAACAAUUUUCAACCAAGCGAGAACCGACCUGAAGAAACCCCGUAUGAAAAGUUUAGAAGACAGCAUGUAGAUGCUAAGAUGACUGCAAAGCAGUGUAACACAGAAAUAUCAGAUAGGAAUAUCUACAAAAUUGACAACAGUUGUAAGGAAACCAACACAUUCAUCCUCAGCAUUCCAGCAAAGGUCAAAUCCAUUUGUAGAGGUGAUGGGAGGUACGAUGAAAAUAGCGGCAUGACGUAUAGUACCGCAACGUUUCGCAUAAUUAAAUGUAAGCUAAAGCAUCAGGGAGCCAGGAAACCCAACUGCCAGUAUGAAGGCAGGCUUCUCACUAACAGAAUCAUUGUCGUGAAAUGUGAAGGGAAGUUACCUGUGCACUUUGAUCGGGACUUUCUGCCCUCUGAGAGCAACGAUGGCGAGCAACUAUGA